CACACACACGUAUACACUACCAUGGCUUACGAGUCCACUUUUAUGGAGCAGGUCGCGGCCUUGCUUCAAAAGUGUUAUAUUAUAAAGAGGAAGCGUAGAGCUGAGACAAUGACUGAGUUCUUGAUUGGCGCACAAUAUGUUAUCAUCUUGAUCGUGUUGAAGAUGACUAUACCCGCCACACCCGGCCAAGAAGCCGUGAUAUACAACUCGGUGCCGGCCAGUCAUGUGCUGGCGGGCAUGCCCCUGCUGGGCUACGUCGACCUCUCGUCGGGCGGGCAGGCGGCGUCGUUGCUCAACCUAACAGGCUUCCCAUUGGAGCACAUCAAGCAGUUCACCAAUGAGUCGGCCAUGCUCGACACCUACCUCGGCAGUCCAGAGGCCUACUGGGGAGGUGUAAUCUUCAACGGUAUCGACAUUGACAACAACCUCAUCAACUAUACCAUUCGUCUCAACAACUCGUUUGGCAGCAUGCAGUCUUCGCCCUACCCCUACAUUGAGCAGGGUAUCCUAUCAGCCUUCACCCGCCUCAAGCUUGGAGACGACCAAGUACUUGGUAAUGGAUUCAAUACGACACAGUACCCAUCACCUGUCAAUCCAUUCGUGAUCACGACAUUCAAUAUCCUGUUCCCAAUCUACUUCCCAUUGUUCUUUAUGUACUCGCUGCAGCAACUCAUCAUCCUGUUGGUGACCGAGAAGAAGGACGGUAUCAAAGAGGGCCUCAAGGUGAUGGGCAUGCGCGAGUCUGCAUACUGGAUAUCAAACAUCAUCAUGCAGUUGGUGAUGAACAUCAUUCUCAUCCUGGUCAUGGAGAUCAUGUGCUACCCAAGCAAGGUGAUACACUAUUCAUCGCCCGUCAUGGUGUUCAUAUCAUUCUUCUUCUACUCAUUGACAUUGAUUGGCAUUGCCUUUGCCAUCUCCACAUUCUUGAGCAAUCCCAAGGCUGGCAGUGCCAUAUCGGCACUGUUCAUCCUUGUUGGCAUCGGUCUGUCUUGCUUCUACGAGUUCUACAUCAUUGAGCAUCAGCCCGACCUCAAGUACCUCUUCUAUCUCCUCUCCCCAUGUGCCUUUGGUUCAUUCCUCGUCCGUCUAUCCUAUGCCGAGGCUGAGAAAGUUGCCAUACCUUGGAACGACCCCAACUUUGUCCAACCAUUGUUGUUCAUGAUCUUGGACUUUGUGUUGUACUCUUUGAUUGCUUGGUACUCGAUCGAGGUGUACCAGGGGGACUUUGGUACGGGCAAAGGCUACUUCUUCUUCUUGAGGAAGGACUACUGGGUGCAGUCAGACGUGCCCAUCUAUGAGCAGCGCUUGAUCAAUGGCGAGGGCAGCAAGAACAUUGGGAAGGGCAUCGAGUUGCGCGACCUCCAUAAGGAGUACACGUCCAACACCUCCAAGGACAAGAAGGUGCGCGCUGUCAAUGGCCUCUCGCUAAGCAUCCCCAGCGGCACAAUCUUUGCUCUGCUCGGACAUAACGGUGCAGGCAAGUCCACAACGAUGGGCAUUCUCACCGGUAUGAUGCCACCAACAAGUGGCGACGCAUGGAUCAAUGGGCGCAGCGUACGCACUCAAAUGGACUACAUUCGCAAGCACAUUGGCUUCUGCCCACAGAACAACAUCCUCUAUGCGCAGUUGUCUUGCGCUGAGCACCUUCGCCUGUUUGGCAAGAUCAAGGGUGUACCAGCCGAGACGCUCGAGGCGUCGAUCGUCACGUCGCUGCGCGAGGUCAACCUGCAGGACAAGACAGAUGUGGCCAGUUCCUUGCUGAGUGGUGGCAUGAAGCGUCGUCUGAGCCUUGCCAUGGCCUUCAUUGGCGACCCAUCCAUCGUCUUUUUGGACGAGUGCACUACCGGCCUGGACCCAUACGCUCGCCAUCUGAUAUGGGAGCUGCUGCAAAAGAAGAAGAUCGGUCGCACCAUCGUCAUGACCACUCACUUUAUGGAGGAGGCUGAGCUGCUUGGCGAGUCAAUCGGCAUCAUGUCUCACGGCAAACUGCGCUGCAUGGGCACAUCAAUGGAGCUCAAGGCGUUGUUCGAGCUAGGCUACAUCCUCACGUUCACUCUGGAGCGCACGGCCGGCACGUACGAGCAGUUCAACUCGUACUUCAUGUCGCUGUUCCGCGACGCUGUGGCUGGCAAGCACAACCAGGCCAACUUGGACAAGACUGGCACGUCCUCGGUCGGCGACCUCGAGAUCUCGUAUUCAUUGUCACACGAGAAGUCCGAGAACCUCUCACGCUUCUUUGAGCAUGUUGAAGAGCGCCAACAAGAGUUUGGCAUCAAGCGUCUAGGUAUCUCCAUGACCACGCUAGAGGAGGUGUUCCUCAAGAUCCAGAACGAAGAGGUCGACACC